CCUCCCUCCUCCUCCCUCCCAGCUGUAAGGAUGAAGAUUGAGAACAGCCUGCCCCGCCCCCAGCUCCCCGAGUCUCCGCCCCAGACAGGCCUCCAGUUCACCGUGGCGACGGAGGAGGACUUUGAUGAGAUCAUGGCCAUGAGCCAAGACAUCUACGGAGGGCUGGACUACCUGCCGACCCGCUACACCGCCUGGCUGUCCGAGAGCAACCGCACCGUCAUACUGGCCCGCAAGCAGGGCAAAGUGGUGAGAAAAGGUUAUAAAGUAUGUCAUAAACCUGUUAUAGCAUGUUUAUAAGGGUUCUAUUAAGGUGUUAUAAGAGUGUUAUGAACACUAACAGGCCUGGCUGUCCAAGAGCAACCGCACCGUCAUACUGGCACGCAAGCAGGGCAAAGUGGUGAGAAAUGGUGCUAUAAAUGUGUUAUAGCAUGUUUAUAAAGGCUGGUACAAGGGCUGUAUUAGAAACUACCAGUAUCUGCUACACUGCCUGGCUGUCCGAGACCAACCCGCCGCCACACUACUGGUUUGCACGUAAGCAGGGCAAAGUGGUGUGAGAAGGUGUGACAAGAGCAUUACAAGGGUGUUACCAUAGAAAUAUAAUCCAUGUUAGAAGUGUCCUAAAGGAACCAUGGAGGCGAGAAAUGCCCUACUUUGGAACCAUUGAGAGUUCUAUUACCUAGAAAUAACCAUGAGAAAAUGACAAGAAAAUGACUCACAAAAAUUUAUAUAUUCAGUUAUUCAUAAUCUCCCUUUGUUUUUCUCUUCCCCUCUGCUUUAUCCCUCUCUUCUUCUUCUUCGUCCCCCCCCCCCCCCCCCCCCCCCCGACAGAUUGCCCUGGAGUCGGUGUGUGUGAUAGAUGACGGUGACACCAUGCUGGUGGAGGGGUUACGUGUGGCCCCCCAGGAGAGGGGGAAGGGCGUGGCAGGGGUGCUGCUGAGGUUCUGCUCUCAGCUGGUCAAGUCCAAGUGGCCUGAGGUGAAGGUGACCAGGCUGACCCGCGACGACCAGCUGGGGCCCAAGGACUUCCAGAAGUACCGCCUCAUCACCAAACAGGUAGGUAUUGGUUGAUUGGUUAAUUGCUUGGUCUUUCCAAGUUGUCCGUUUUGUUUUCGAGUUAUUUCUAUAGUCGUUAUAUUUGUGACUAGACUCAGACUUGAAUCAAGCCAUUGUAACUCAAAUCUACUUUUGCAAUUUACAAAGAAUUGUCAGGGAAGCAUGUUUUACCAAAAUUACAGAUUGAACUUUUUACAAUGCAUCAGUAUGUGAUCAAUUUGAUUCACGGUCUAUUAACCAACCAUACAACCAUCUGUUUACCCUAUGUCAUUUCACCACUGCCUCGCUCCCUAAGGGCAUCCUGCUGGUUCGCUUCAAUGCUGAAGAUCUCAAGCUCCGGCUCUCCGAACUGGGGCCGGUUGUGACCCUCCCCACCUACUCCGAGGGUACCCCCCAGGAUUCUGACACCCCUCUGGUUCCCCCGGUCCUUCUGGACCUCAACGAGGCCCACCAGAUGUUCCUCAACGAGGCCCUGAUGUCCAACGUGCUCCCUAACGCUACCAUCGUCCAGGACUGGCAGCCGUUCAAGCCCGUGCCCAGCAACAUGGUCAUUCUUCUCAAGAAGGUAAGAUAAUAAUCACAGGAGGAUCACUUUCAGAAAACGUUGUGUUUUUAAUCAUCGAUGAUUUAAAAAAAAUGUAUUGUUGUACUCCCAUGGCUGAGGCAGCUCUAUACGAAUUUCAAAUUUCUCAAAUAAAAUGGAUUAAUUUAUUCAUUCAAGGACAUCGACUGGAUGGUGGACGACCGUUACACCCCUGCCGUGGUCAGCCUGUGCACCCACCCCUUCUGGGUGCCCGGAGGUCCUCGCGGAGUUGGGACGGACACAUACUACCUCAACAUCGACGUGUUUGGCAAGGACAUAGGCCUGGUGCUCCAGCAGUUCCUGAGUCACCUGAGGCGCCACGCCACCACCCUGAAGGGGCACGUCAUGUGCCAGAUGUUCCUGGAUCCUCCCAUGUGGAAACCCAUGGCCGAAUUCUGUUGCCAGACACUGAAUGUGGAGCUGGUGAAGGAAUACACGGAGCAGUGCGUGGUCGAGUCGGAUAUCGUG